AUGAGCGCCAUCCGAGUCAACGCGGGCAAGAAACCUCUCGAGCCAGCUAGGGCGCGAAAGCCCGAUAAGCUGGCUAGCAUCCCCGUUCCAUUGGUGGCGACCCCGAACCGCUGCCACCAUUCCAACCAGAACGCCACUCAGAACUGCAGUUAUACUCUCCAGAGCCCCAACGGUACGAUAGAGAGCCCUGGCUACCCAUACGGCUACCCCAACUAUGCCAACUGUACGUGGGUGAUCCUGGCAGCGGAACAUAACAGGAUACAGCUGGUGUUCCAAGGUUUCGCUCUAGAGGAAGACUUUGACCUGCUGUCUGUCUACGAYGGCCCGCCCAGCCCGGGGAACCUUAGGACCAGCGCACCCAGCCAGAGACCCCUACCAGAACACCUGCACCACCACCAAGCGCGACCACCCAAGAGACCCCUAACCAAGAACCACUGCCACACACCAAGGACCACCCAGAGACACCCCUACCAGAGCCCACUUGCACCACCUAAGGACCACCCAAAGAGACCCCCUUACCCAGACCACCUGCACCACGAAAGGAUCCACACAAGGACCCCUACAGACCACCAAGCGAAGCCCCAGCCCUUCAACGCACACACCAGACCUAAUCGCACACCCACAAGAUCCCCAACCAACCAGCCAAGCAGCAUCACCCACUUCCAUGCGGACUGUAGCCGACCGGCACCGGUCCCAGCUACUACCCCGCACCAGCACACCACCUCUACCAACCAGCAGAGAGAAGCCCCCGGCCCAGACCUCGGCCCUCGCUCCACUCCCACAGGCGCCCCCUCCACGUUCCCACUACACCCUCAGCCACAGGGCCCCUUCCUCCACUCCACAGGCCUCCUCCACGUCCACCAGGGGCCCUCCUCCACUCCACAGGGGCCCACAGCAGCGACCUGCGUGGUAAUAAUCUACUCCAUAGUGAAGGGUCUGAAGUAUAACAGGCCAUCGCCAUACCUUCCACCAGUGGCGUGCUGCCCCCGUGCAGUCUACGGACUCAACUUCUGCAGAAGGAGGCGUAACCACUUCUCGCAUGCCAUGCUGUUCGCUUCAAUGUCUCAGCACUCAGGACGAGGCCCGGUGGUCCCGCGCCKAGUCCAGAAUGGGCCCACUACAGACGAGAUGGAGGUGCAGAGAGCAAGACAGGUUAUGGAGCAGCAGCAGAAGCAGGCACACAUGGAGAGGGAACGACGAUCCUCGAACCCAGGCUCUCCUUUCCCAGGCCAUCCCGGUGUGCUUUCUGUAGCCCCCCCAGCCCCCAUGCCGCCCCCCAUGUCCAUGGGCUCCUCUUUAGGUGGAGGCCCCCCCUCCCUGGGUGCCCCUAUGCCUCCUCCCCCUCCCGGGCCCCCUCCCCCCUCGGCAGGGGCUCCCCUGCCCCCCCUGCCUCCUCCGCUGCCCAUGGGUGGAGGGGGACAGGGUGAGGAGGCUCCCGCCCCGACGGGACUCGCCGCCAUGAUCGCUGGAGCCAAACUGCGCCGCGUCAAUAGACCUGAGGAUUCUAACUCUUCAGGAUCGGGGGCCAAAAACGAUGCCAACAGGACGAGUGGCGGCAGCGGAGGACUGAUGGAGGAGAUGAACGCUCUGCUGGCGCGGAGAAGGAAAGCAGCGUCAGAGAAGCCUGAAGACAGCCAAAACGAUAACCCGAACGGAUCCCCUUCACCCAGCACCAGGGGUGGACAAAACGCCACAGAUGGAGGGAAGAAGCCAUGGGACAGAGCCAACUCUGCCGAGAGGUCAUCACUGGUAUCAAGGGUACGACCUGUGGGGAGUAGCAGCGACACAGACGCCUUAGACUUUGACAGAAUGAAGCAGGAAAUCUUGGAAGAAGUCGUUCGUGAAUUGCACAAGGUGAAGGAUGAGAUCAUUGACGCCAUUAGACAAGAACUGAGCAGAAUCAGUACGACAUAAUCUUUCAUGCGACUCCAGCUUUUGGAACCAUCGUCCCCACGCCAACUACUGUUAGGAAGCAAGGAGAGGAUCAAGGCCCGAACUACGACAUUUUAUUUAUUGUACAUUGCUGUGAUGUUGUAGCAACGUAACAAUGUUGCUGUAACACCACAGGAAUGUUACGUUUGGUUUGGAGGAAUAGGAUGGAUGGACACUCUCACUGCUUUCCUCUGUUUCUUUGGUUUAGGUUUUCUCUCUCUUUUUCCUUUCUAUCUGUCCAUCGGUAACCCAUGUUUGCUGUUCUUUUUCCAGUCUUAAAGGCAACAUUUAUUCAAUUCAAUGAAGUAACCUCUUGUUUUUUUUGUUAGGAGUUUAUUGUUUUGUUUAAAAAAAGGUUGUUUGGGGUUAUUAUUACUACCAUUGUCAUUAUUAUGACUAUUAUUUUUAUUAUUGUAGAUGUAAUGGUGUGAACAUGAAUAGUAGUAAUUUUAGUGAUGCAAUAGUAAAAAUGACAAAAUAAUAAUGAUAAUGAUAUGGAUGAUGAUAAUAAUAACACAUCAUUUUAUGUCAGCCUUUUAUGUUUUAUAUUGUAUUUUUUUCCCCUUUUGGUUUUGUUUUUAAAAUACAAUAAUAAGCACAUACGGAUUUCUUUCUCAUGACCUGACCUUGAGAUUUUUUUGAAGAGUUUUGUAUCCUUUUCGCCAACACAGUUUUGUGUGUGUGUGUGUGUGUGUGUGUGUGUGUGUGUGUGUGUGUGUGUGUGUGUGUGUGUGUGUGUGUG